UGGACAACAUUGAUGAUGGGUUUAUAUUUUACCAAUCCCUUGGAAACAUGACCUGGUCUCCCGGUCAACGUAAUAUCCGCGCUUGCCUAAUUGGGACCGCUGGUGGUAGUUGUCACCAGUUUGGUCGUGAGAAACUCCUCAACAACGUGCUGCCAGGGCGUUUAUGUGGUAGCCCUUCUUUUUCUCCCUACACUCGUUCUCGGAUGCGCUGUGUGGCGGCUCACAGUCUAGAUGACCACUCGCCGGCCCCCUUUGGCCCACAGACCCCGUCCGCCUUCUCAAAUCUACAUUGGCAACAGCCCAAAUCUCGCUGUCUCAACACCGCCGGAUAUCCCAGAUCUUCCGGAACCUCCCAGCCCGAGCUCGAGCACCAGCAGCCUUUCCGGACUUCCCUCACCACCUGCGACCAACUCGACGGGGAGUGGUAGCACUGGCGAUCCAGGGAGCAUCGCCAUUCGGGCUGGCUCGUCGCCGUCAUUAUCUUCGAAUAUGCUCAAUGGCUCGAAUCUCAAGGCCUUCCACGCUGCAUUCCAACACAACCACAACGACCAGGCCCCUCAUAGGCUACACUACGAGGAGCCAGAUGACAUCGACAACGACAUCGACGAUGAUGGGGAGGACAACACGGCACGCUUGGACAAACGCCGACAUAGUGCUAGCGAGAACGUCUUGGCGCUACAGCGGGUGAAAAGCUUGACCCAGCGAAAUAAAAUAGCACUUGACAAACUCUCUUCGUUCUCCCGACUUAGCACCCCAUCCCCCACUGCACGAUCUGCGAAUUCCACACGAUCACCUUUGCCACCCUCCUUACAUGCGUCAUCCUCUACAUCUGGGUCCGGAUCAGGCUCUGGAUCUCAUUACGCAUCAUCCUCAUCGCACUCUUCCUCGUCCCAUUCUUCAUCUAACAGACCUCCUAUUCGGCGCUCUCGCACCCAGGAUCCCCACCAAUCUGGGUCGGAAACCGAACGCGACGACCUUCCGACAAACUCGCCUCACCGGCCCACUACGCCUCUUGUGCAGCGACAACGACUGAUAUCUGCUCCCGUCUCGCCUAGCAAGCAGAUGGCAGCAUCCUCAUCCUCUGCUUCUAACACGCGCUCGCCGCGACGCACUACCCGAGCCUCGAAUUUAUCUUUUAGUAGCAGAGCGCCCGUUGUCGAUGACGAUUCCGGUGGCCCCAGCUCACCGGAGGAUACGACCCGAGCCGCACUGGCUGCUGUCGCCAGCGCGCGUCGUAGCCCUGGUGGCACUGCACGUUACACCGGAACCCGGAUCAGUCCAACGCUGGGGGCUGGCAAACGGAGGCAACCUCUUCCACGAGAAUGGGGCAACGGACGAUUUUCUGCAGAACCGCCCUUGUCACCCCCACAACCUGACCGAUCGCCAAGCAAACGUCAUUCUCUGGCUGAAUCGAUUCCCUCCACUCGACAUGCACAUAGCAGCUCGACGUCUUCAACAUCAACCAUCGGAACGAAUCUGAACGGACGACCGUCGACUGUGCGUGACCUGACGAGGAAGCAUCAGACACGAUGGCUGAGCGAGGACAUGGGCUCGAGUCCUGUGACUGCUAAUGGGGAGGGUCGAGAGCGAAGACAAAGUCUUAGAUCGGGCAGUGCAGAGAGUGCACUCGGUGGUGCAGGCCGGCUGGUUGGCGAGGGAUUGAGGGCAGCUGGACUAGCUGGACGAGGAGAUGUGUUCUCUGAGCGGGACAGAAUGACACCAGCGAGAGCCGAAGCGCCCAGAAGGAGCGGGUCCCAUGUUCGUGCUGCAACAUCCAUGGCGGAUUACGAUACGCUGCGGCGAGAGGAAUCCGCCCUGCGAACAUAUCGUAACAGUGCAUAUUCUUCCGACGGCCCUGGCCGGUCAGGGAGUGCUCUGGAUCGACAUCGGGACAUUUCGGUCGAGCGAGAACAACAAGAACGCGACCGGCAAAGAACAGCACCGAGUCCGAGUCCAUACGGAAGCAUCCGACGACAUGGUGGAUCGGGUAGCGGCAGCGCUGGCAAUCCCGAGCAUGCAAGAUUGAUGAGCGACAGUCUGGCUAUGUUCGAGGGUCAUUUGUCGCGUGUAGCAGCUGGUAGUUCGGCGACCGAUCUCGCAAGGAGUGCUCAGAUAGUGGUCAGUGCUGCUGAACGACUGAAUGGGAUUCUACGAGCGGGUACUGCCAGAGCCCUGGAAGCGCAGAUCGAUGCCGAGGUCAGCGACGCCGAGACUGCUGAACUCGCAGAGGUUUGGCGGCGAGUCGGAGGCGAGUAUCGGGACGGAUUACGUAUCAGCGACGAGCUUGUGCGAGCCGUGACUGGAUUCUUGCUGGGUGUCGGACGGGUUGUUCGCGAGUUUGGUGAAAGUCGUGCCUCAGACGAAGGUAGGGGCGGCUCAAGUCACGGCAGUGCCAGUCCGGACGCUGGAAGACGAAGUUCCCAAUCGAGACGAAGCUGGGACGCGAAGGAAGGUCGAGAAAGCUCUCUAGCGAUGCGGCCGAUACAUGGAUCUGCGAUGGCCCCGCCAGCUCGCAACCCGACCCCGAGUUCCCGACGGUUGCUAACCCCUCGCGAGCAGCGGGAGCUGAAAGCAAACGGGUUGGUACCCUCUGACUCGCAAACAACAGUGCAACAGGUUGAUUACGAACCCUCACCGACCCCAGCAUCACGCAAGCAGAAUGACGUCAAUCGCACAGCGCCUCUUCCUCCCAUUGCGAUCCCCAAGCCAUUGCCUAAUCUGCCAUCUGAAUCUCCCACCCUCCGGAGACCACAGACAACUGUCGAUAAGCCUACUGCGUCUUCGGCACAACGCCGGCGUACGAUCACCAGUUCCACCGUGCGGGCUGGGGGUUCUGGUCUACUCCCCUCAAUGACGACACCAACUACUGCAUUGACCCCGCACACCGUUUCGAAUAGUCCCACGGCCUUUCCCUCACUAGUCCGGAACGAUUCUGAUCGAUCAACCCGCUCCAGAGGCAACACAGUCACGUUCUCACGCCCAUCGACCGUUGCACUUGCUGGUCUACAAAUGCAGCAUGACCGCGAGCGUGAGCGCACGCUGUCCAAUUCAGAUGGCCAGGACGAAGCGAUCAAGGCUGCGUUGGCUGCGAGCGAGCGAGAGAGUCGGUACCGAUCCAUCCGGCCGAGAAUGUCUCUUGAUGGUGGAGAAGACCGGUCGACAAGCGGACCUCAGAAGCGGGAGAGGAGGAGAACGGUCACCGAUAUUUGGCCGCAGUCUGGAUCAUCAUAGUGUAAUGUAAGUCUUGCGUUGCCUGGUCGUCCCUACUCUGAAUCCUCCAGAAGUUCGCAUUCUUCCCCUUGUCUUCCGCUCGUCGCCAACACCAUCGCGAACUGUCCACUGUCCAUUCAUCCAUAAUUUCUUGUAACAGCUUUGUCUUUGUUCAGUAUCUUCCUUUCUUCUUGUCACGGGCUUACACGCUGGGCAUGCAAGCACAGGCUUGCUGCAGAAUUCGACUCUACCUAGCCAUGAUUCCGCUAUAGUAUGUACUGUAGCUAUAAAAUAAUGAUACGCGGAAAGUAUGCCAGGAUGAUCGCACCCUGUCACGAAUAUUUGUCGGUAGAAUCGAACUAACGUCUAUUAAUGGUUUCGGCCGACUGGGAUGAGGACUUCACCUUGC